GAUGAUAAAAGUGAUGAGUAUAAAGUACGGAAUGUCAAGCUAAUGAAAAACAAUAAUAAGACAUAUCUUGAAGAAAUGUGUAAUGAAAGAGCUAAAGUUACAGUAAAUAAAAGAAAAAAAGUUUCAAAUUGUACUAACAUAAAAAAGAGAAGAGAAUAUGAAAAACCUAACGAUGAGCCUUCUCUAAGACCAGUUGAAACAAAUAUUUCAGCUGAAGAUCAUGAGUUACAAGCUAUGAAUAUAAAAGUUAUAGCAAAUAAUGAUAAAGAAAAAAAUCUUCCAAUUGCACUAACAUGA